UUAGACGUGGUAAAUGGUAAUUUGAUGAUCAUUCAUUUACACUCUGUCAUGCAAACUGGAAGUGUCACCAAGUCAUUUUAAAAAGAGUGAAUCAUGAAAAUAAUAGUAUUCGAAAUAAUUUUCGGGAUUUUCCUGACUAUUUUAGAAAGUUGGGUGGCAUCUGAAUCAACUACAACCACCCCAGUUUCCGAUAAAUUUCUGCCUGAUCAUCCUGAUUUAAAAGAGUCUGACAAAUAUUCAGUACCUGUCGCAAAAGGGAGACAGGUCCAAUUUGAAAAUAUCACGGUUUACGAGAGUGCUUACAAGAACGAUACGCAAAUAAUGCUCAUAACCAUUUACGAUAUUUUUGGAUUCCACCCUCAUGUAAAAUUUAUUGCGGAUAAACUUGCAGACCAAGGAGUUUUUGUGGUUAUUCCGGAUUUAUUUCAUGGAAAUCCUGUUCCCCUUGAGAACUUUCCUCAACCAAGUUUUAUGGAAAGGGCCCAACAUUUAUUUUCCAAGAAUGGAUCUUGGGUUGAGAAUAAGCCAGAUCUACUGAAUGUCAUUAAGCAUUACAAAACAAAGUAUGGAAUCGCUCGUGUUGGAAUGUUCGGAUUCUGUUGGGGUGGGAAAAUUGCUGUGCUCGCAGCGUCUGAUGAAGAUUUUAGCGACUCAUUAAAUGCAAUUGGCUUGGUCCAUCCAUCUAGAGUAACAAAUGAGGACGCAUUUGAUAUACGAGUCCCGGCGUUGCUUCUCCCCAGCAAAUCUGAACCGGACAUGCUCCCCUUCCUCAAGACCUUGAAUGACAACAUCAAAGGGAACAAAUCGGACCACCAUAGAUACGAUGCUAUGCAGCAUGGAUUUGCAGGAGCAAGAAGUGAUUUCAGUGACAUUGAGAUUAGAACCAACGUUGAAAAUGUAAUUUACAGACUUUCAACAUUUUUCAAACAAGUUUUAGCAUAAAAAGAUAUCGGCAAGAGAAAUAAGAUAUUUCUGUUUUUCACAAAAUUUUCUAAAAAUUGUAUUAUAGCUCUAUGCUUAAGUUUUGACUCUUUAAGGUCAUUACAUAAUAUCACAACAUUUACAUAUACGCAUUGUAUAUAACACAGGUUGACCUGUAUUAUAGUAUUUAUGUAAAUACAAUAAAACUCUAUUCGUGGAAUAAACAUAAGUUCUUUGG